AUGAAUACCGCACCUACACAUCUCAGAAACCCAUCACGGAACGCCUCGACGGCCACCGCCUCUUGGACAGAACAGAAUUACAAGGAAAAGGACACCGAAUCUCCUCGCUCAGGAUCUACCGAUGAUGAUGCCACCGAUAAGAAAGAGACCAAUGUAGAGCCUCACUCACAAGGUUGGCUCUGUGGUGGCAAGCAUCUUGAAGAGCUUCGCCAGAAUGAGAACCUCAACCUCGACGGGCCCUUGACUGAGGUCGAUGUCGACCUGCCUCUUACUCGCACACAAGUCAUCAACCAAGGCGACAAGCAGUUGAUCGAGCUCAAGUUCGCUCCCGACGACAAGGAAAACCCCUUCAAGUGGGGCAAAUGGAAGAGACGUUUCAUUUCGACCCAGCUGAACCUCAUGACCCUGUUCAUCGGUCUGGCCACCACUGCAUACAGCUCCGGUAUUGGCAGCAUGGUUACAGAAUUCCACCGCUCUACCGAGAUGGGACAAUUGGGUCUGUUCACCUUCAACAUGACCUGCGCCCUUGCUCCCCUAUUCCUUGCACCUUUCUGUGAGCUCGUCGGUCGCAAAAUCAUCUACGCUGGAGCAUACCUCUGCUUCUGUCUCUGCUUCAUUGGUCUGGCUCUUGGACAAAACAUUGCCACUAUCCUUGUCAUGCGUACACUUCUCGGUCUUUUCGGCUGCGUUGGAACCAUUCUCGUCGGUGGUACAUUCAGCGACAUGUACGACGUGCACGAGCGUGCCAGGCCCAUGGCAAUGUUCUCGUACGUUGCAAUUCUUGGUACGGUCGGUGCUCCCAUCUACGCUGGCUUCAUCGACAUGACCAUUGGCUGGAGAUGGAUCGAAGGUAUUCAGGGAUUGAGCAACAUCCCUCUCCUUAUUUGCAUCUUCCUCUUCUUCAAGGAGACCCGCGGUGGUGUCGCCCUUCAGAAGCGUGCCAAGGCCGUCCGCAAGGCUACUGGUGAUGAUCGCUACCAGAGUGCCAUGGACUUCGAGACCCCUAGCGUCCAAGCUAUGCUCAAGGCAUCUUCAGUCAAGGCUAUCUACAUGUUGGCUACUGAGCCUGUUGUGUUCUUGUUUGGUCUCUGGAUUGCCUUCUCUUGGUUCAUUGUCUUCUUGUUCUUGUCCGUCAUUCCUAUCACUUUCCAGGAGAAACGCGGCUGGAAUGAAGGUGUCGGAGGUCUUCCUUACAUCUCCCUCGCCAUCGGUGUUACUCUUGGUUGGUUGGCUCACCACAUCCAGAUGAGAAGAUACCUCAAACUCACCCAGGACCCCAACCACAAGGUCGUUCCCGAGGACCGUCUCUGGGCUGCUCUCUGGGGAGCCGUCUGGAUGCCUAUCGGUCUCUUCAUCUACAGUUUUACUCAGUACGGAUACCUGUCCUGGGUCGGCCCUACCAUCGCCCUUGCCCCCAUCGCUUUUGGUGUUUACUUUAUCUUCGAGUCGACCUACAGUUACACUGCCGAUUGUUACGGAGAGAGCUCAUCCUCAGCCAUUGCUGGCCAGGGUCUCAUGAGAAACACUCUCGGUGCCGUCUCUCCUCUUUUCGCUUCUCAAUUCUUCCACAAUGUCGGCAGCCAGUACGCCGGUCUCAUCUUGUCGCUCAUUGCUUGUGUGCUCACUCUGGUGCCCUUCGUGUUCUACAAGUACGGACAUCUGAUGCGCGCUCGCUCGAAGCUUGCCAUCGUCUAUUAA